ACAGGGUCCAGUUGCUGUGGCUUGUAUGCAGUAGUGUAGGCGUUGCAGUAGUGGGAUAGUCAUUGCUGGCAGAAGGUUGCUAUUUAGACAGAGCCACACAGAGAGAGCUAGAGAGAGCUAUUUAGACAGAGCCAGACAGACAGAGCUAGAGAGCUAGACAGACAGCCAGAGAGAGCUAGACAGACAAAGCCAGACAGAGAGAGCUAGACAGAGAGAACUAGACAGACAGAGCUAGACAGAGAGAGCUAGACAGAGAGAGCUAGACAGACGGACAGAGAGAGCCAGACAGAGAGAGCUAGACAGACAGAGUUAGACAGACAGAGUUAGACAGACAGCGCUAGACAGACAGCGCUAGACAGACAGACAGCAAUGAUAUCGGAAAAGGCCUCCACGGUGCUGGGAACCAUAGGCACGGUGUGCUGGUGCAUCCAGCUCAUCCCCCAGAUCUGGUACAACUGGAAGCGCAAGGACUGCACAGGGUUCCCACCGAUGAUGAUGUUCCUUUGGGCCCUGUGCGGUGUGCCAUUCGCCAUAUACUUCAUAUCAACACGGGCAAACGUUGCAGUACAGGUCCAGCCCGUGCUGUUCUUCUUCUUCUGUACCACUGCCUGGACACAGACGUUGUACUACCCACCUGUCCAGGUACCGAGAAAGAAGAUAUUGGUGUACGUGGGCACCUUCAUAGCCGUGUCAGCUGGGUUUGCAGGUGGGUUCAUCCCAUGGCUGAGACGUUUGUAUGACGACGGCACCUCAUGGCCCACGCUCAUCUUCGGUAUCCUGGCCUCCAUACUGCUGGCAUUGGGGCUGGUGCCACCGUACUUCGAGCUGGCAAAGCGUAAGGGCCGUGUCGUGGGGAUCCACUUCCUCUUCUUGUUUGUCGAUAUGUGUGGUGCGUUCUUCUCCAUGCUCAGCGUGGUGGUUGGCAACAUGGACAUUAUGGGUAUCGUGCUGUACUGUGUGUGUGUCGCCAUGGAGGUUGGCAUCUUCCUGAGUCAGUUCAUAUGGCUGUGCCGAUUCAGGUGGUUUGGACAUGGCGAAGAGGACGAGCCAGAGGAUGAGGAGAACUCUGUAGAGCUUGGCCCCAUGGCAAAGCAGCUGAACGGUAAGGACGACCAUAGUAUAUCUGCCAAUAGCAUACCAGAAUCCGUGGAGGAUGUCAAAGAACAUGGCUCAUCGUCCAAAGAUCACGAUGAAGUCAAAAGCUAGUGCUCUGAGCCAGCAACCCUUUCUUGUUUUGUUAUGACUGUUCGAUCUAUCCUAGAGCCAAGUGUGUAUAUGUUUUUGAAUGCAAGCGAAUAAUAAAUACUAAAUAAAUAUGUGCCAUGGUAUAUACAAGAGGCCUCAUUUGUUCAUGCGAUCUCUCCAGAAUGCGAUCUCCUUUGUAGAUGGCCAGUCCCAAACAUCUCUGGAGAUCUCAUCGUAAUCAUUAG